AUGAUAUUCGAAAAAGGUUUAAAAUGCGUACAAAAACCACAAAACGGAACAUUGUUAAAUGACGACAAUGGCGACGACGACGAAAAGGAUUUCAAUUGGUUUCCAACGGAUUUAAUCGUCGAUAUGAAAACAUAUAAAAUAAAUAAAAAAAAAAAAAAAUACAAUGAAAAUAUAAUAAAAAAUUCAAUUAUAAAUUACGGUAAAAAACCGGAUUGCGAUUUAAAUGACGCGGAUUCAACGGUAACAAAUUCGGAAAAGCAAAUUUUUAAUUUUUUACUCUAUGACGACUCACGAAUGGAUGUUUACGUGUCGACAAAUAAAUCACUUCAUCAUUACUCGCACGCUUAUUAUUUUCCAAUCGUUGAAGAAAACGACGUGGAAGCAGAUAAUGAAAAGGAAAAUUUUACGAUACUCGCCGAUAGAGAUUCAGUUAAAUUACGAAAAUUUCCGAUUGAAGAUGUUUGCGUCGAUGGCAUAUUAAAUUCGAAUCGUCACAGGUUGUUGAUAUGUCCUUGCAAAUCGUCAACCUGUAUAAGAAAAUGUUGUAAAGAUGAUGAAUUUUAUAACGUCACGAUACAAUCGUGCGAACCUAAAUCCGAUUCAAUUGAAAAAUGGCGUCCGAAAAAUGCAGAGAAAGCCUGUUGGAUUAAAUCCAAACAAACGAUUUUUUUUUUUUUUUUUGAUAAUUUUAUUUGGUGA